AUCACCUCCCAAUCUUUUUCAACGCAGUUGUUCCGCCUUCCUCCUUCCUUUCAUCAUUUAGUGAGCUGUUCGAUUGCGUGUCGCGACCAAUUCCGCCGUUAAGAGACCAUGACCAUCUCGGGAGCGUCGCCCAAGCAGGGCCGCGACUACAUCUACCUCGCCAUCUUCAGCAUUCAGCUCUGUGCCAUUCUCCUCGUCGACCUCCCCCCGCUAUAUCCCUCCCACCUCUGGGAGCCCGAAGCCUCACCCCUGCACAUCCUCCUCGGACUGCGCGGAUUGUACGCGAAAUGGACGAACGACCCUUACUUCGUAACCCCGCACGCCGAGCUGCCGCCCUGGUUCCGCCUCUUCACCUUCAUCGAGGCCGGCUUCCAGCUGCCCAUGGUGCUGUGGAUGUUCCGCGUCUUCGAGGACGCCCGCCGCGGUACCACGCCCCGCUUUGAGCUUGCCUGCGUCGUCUUCGGCGUGCAGGUCGCCCUCACCACCCUCGUCUGCGUUUGGGAUGUCGCCUUUUGGGAUCCCAUCGUGUACUCUGUCCGCGACAAGACCAUGUUCGUGUUCGCCAUUUAUGGGCCUUGGGUUGUUAUCCCGGGCGUCUUGGCCUUGGAUAUGGGCAAGCGUUUGCUUGCUCGGAUUGAAGAGGGCGAGAAAUAUAAGGCUGCAUCGGAGGAGAAGAAAUCGCAGUGACGAGUAUGCACUCCCACUUCUGUAUGUAAUUAUAGUUGGAAAGUAUGUGCCUCUCCGCC